GUCCUGCAUGAUUUAGAGGGUAAGAAAUCAAAACAAUUGAAAGGAUAACAUUUUCGUCCUUUAAUGCAGUUGAGUUCCAUCUCAUCAGAACAAUCACCAUGUGAACCUUAAAAAAAAAGAACCUGGUCAUCAAGAGUGCUGCCAUAUCGACUUCUAACCAGAACUGCAAGAAAACUGACCGAGUAGCAAAAAGUAGCAUUUUACCUUAUAAUUCACUAUCUAGACCAGGAUAUAUUGAUUUAUAAAUCCAAAAUUGAUGCAAGUUUAUCUAAUAACCCACCAUAUGAAUCCAAAAAGGUUGACUCAGGCACGAAGACUGGUGCCAAUUCCACAGCUUUUCCGUGCCGCUUGCUCAGCCCGAGGAUGCUCACAAAUUCUGAAUACCUGACAACAUCAUCAGGAGUAUCAACAUUAUCACCGAACACAAAGGCAAGUGAUGCUAAUAGCAGUCGUUGUGGUAGCUUAGAGAGCUUUGGUGCACCCCUCAAGCCCCACACUGGUGGUGAUGUCCGAUGGGAUGCAAUUAACUUGGUUUUUUCCAAAGAUUCUCCUCUUGGUCUCAACCAUUUUCAGCUCUUGAAGCGACUUGGCUAUGGAGACAUUGGAAGUGUCUACCUUGUUGAACUCAGAGGGACUAACACAUACUUUGCUAUGAAAGUCAUGGACAAAGGGUCACUUGCAAGCAGAAAUAAGCUACUUCGCGCUCAAACAGAAAGGGAGAUUCUUGGUCUUCUUGACCACCCAUUCUUGCCCACCUUAUAUUCUUAUUUUGAGACAGAAAAGUUUUAUUGCUUGGUCAUGGAGUUCUGCAGUGGAGGUAACCUUCAUACUCUUCGGCAGAAGCAGCCCAACAAACAUUUUACCGAGGAAGCUGCUCGGUUUUAUGCAUCAGAGGUAUUGUUAGCUCUUGAGUAUCUGCAUAUGCUUGGUAUUGUGUAUAGAGAUCUGAAGCCAGAAAAUGUUCUUGUUAGAGAUGAAGGUCAUAUUAUGCUCUCUGACUUCGACCUUUCACUUCGCUGCUCUGUUAGCCCAACACUUGUCAAGUCGUCAUCUGUACAUGUAGGUAAUGGAAGUGCUGGUGCUGGUGGCAUUUUAGAUGACGAGAAUAUAGUGCCUGGUUGUAUCCAGCCAUCAAAUUUUCUACCACGCAUAUUACCUACAAAGAAGAAUCGCAAAUCUAAAUCGGAUUUCGGCCUCUUUGUUGGAGGGUCGCUACCAGAGCUAAUGGCAGAGCCUAGUAAUGUGCGUUCUAUGUCUUUUGUUGGGACACACGAAUAUCUUGCCCCUGAGAUAAUACGUGGAGAGGGUCAUGGUAGUGCAGUGGACUGGUGGACGUUUGGCAUCUUCUUAUAUGAGCUUUUGCAUGGGACAACUCCUUUCAAGGGUUCAGGAAAUCGUGCCACACUUUUUAACGUUGUAGGCCAGCCACUAAGAUUCCCUGAAAGCUCACAAGUAAGUUUUAUGGCACGUGAUCUUAUACGGGGGCUCUUGGUGAAGGAACCAGGUAAGCGAAUCGCAUACAAGAGGGGUGCUACGGAAAUAAAGCAACAUCCAUUCUUUGAGGGUGUGAACUGGGCUCUGGUGAGGAGCACCAUUCCUCCCCACAUACCAGAACCAGUAGACUUCGGGCAUUUUGCUAUUAAAGAGGUAGCCCCUUCGGACAAGAAGAUGGCAGACAUUGGAGUUUAUAAUAAGAACAAGAGUAGUUCUAGUCAUCCUUCUUAUGUUGAUUUUGAGUACUUUUAGUUCUUUAGAUUCUCACACACAUUAUGCUAUACAUCUGUUUAAUGAAAUUGCACUGUACAAAGAUGAAAUACGUUUUGAAAUAACAUUUGUAGACAAUUUUGGGAAAGAAAGAUAUGGAAUAGAAGGUUUUUAAUUUAGUAUCCAAGGUUAGG